AUGACACAUUGGCAGCGCAUCGCAGAUUCAACGGUAGACAUUUCGAGACGUACCACGAAUGACACGCUUGCAUGUCUGAAUGUCGGACCUGGUCAAGUUUUUCAUGGUUUGCAAACUCCACGCUGUUCCCAGAGUAGCUCCAAUAAGUCCACCGUUUCCACUUUUGACGACGAUACUGCACUUAUUCUCGAAACGGGAAAUGCGUUCGGAAAUGAAGGGUUGAACCAGCAACGUAACAAUGUCUCGAAUACUUCUUCAUUUAUGUCAGAGUCUGCCGAUGGUGGCGACACUAUGAGAGUUUUCGAGUGUUUGAUGCAGAAAGCAGGGGCCGGAGAUUUCGAAGAACAUGAUCGAUCGCACGAAAUGCAAAUUGCUGCGACGGCAAACACCUCGUUGAACUCUACGAAUAUGGAAGUGACGGAUCUGAUUUUGGAAGAGUCUGUUGAUGUGGUGCGUCGCAUUGCGCAUGCGCAUCAAAGGAGUGACGAAAGCACACCGUCAACAGAAGCAGUUAAUCAAAAUUCAACGUUUGUUGUCGAGAGCCCGCACCAAAAUGCUGCACUCGGCGACCACGUCGCAGAUGAGCUCAUGCAAAGGUGUGUUGUUGCCAUGGAUAUUGGCAAUGAGACAAUCAAUCUUGUCACUUCUGAGACAUCUUUCUGCGCUGGCGAUAAACUUAAUACCUCUCAAAUUUGUUCUACUCAUCCCAUCGAUCGGAACGAAGCCAGAUGUUGUCUACUGGUGGUGACGGUUUUCAGUGUCCAAAUACUCCUGCAAACACCACAAUUACUCUCGAAACUGAAACGCGAACAACUGCUACCAAGUGAUCUUUGCCCUGAUGUUAUUACCAUUCUCAUCAAAAUGUUCCGAGCUAAAGGAAGUCUGAAGGAGGCGACAGAUAAGACUGGAACAAUCAACUUGUUUACAACGCCAGAUAAGUCGAUGGUUUCAAUGAGACAAGAGAUUGCUGACCGCUCAGAUGCAUCUGAAGUUAACACUGCCUUAGCACGUGAUGAGGACAUGGAUGUGACUGUUGUGGACGAGAAAAACUCGCUAUUGCAAGAUGUUGCUUCGAGCACAGUCCCUCAUGACUCUAUGGAGGAUGUGCAGGAACAAAGCUAUCCAGUGCAAGCAGAAAGCCAUGAUAAAACUGCAGCAUUUGCUGAAACGAUGCGAACGCUAGAUGGAAAUGUUGAAAAUUCAAUGGUAUCCGUGGAUCGUCGAAGUAGCACUACAAUUUGUUCUUAUAAUGAGUCCCUUAACGAGGCGAAUAUAACAAGAAGAGAUGUUUCCAUCAUGCAAAUAGGAAGCAGAUUUCGGCCAUCCACUUCAUCACGUGACGAUACGAUCUUGUCGCUUCGAUCAUUACGUGAUGAAACUAUUUGUCUGAGUGAAAGGAUAAUGUUUGAUUCGCAAUCGCUGCAGGUCUAA